AUGGAUAUUACCGGCCGGCAAUGCGGAAAACCAUUAAUUGCUCGUUUAAAUGCCCCAGAACACAAUAAUACUUCAAACCCCACCAUUUUUCUUGACAAAUACUCAUCAUCCGACGAGGACGAGGACGGUUAUGAAGAUGAUGACCACCAAAAAAACGAGUACCUUCAAAUGAUCAAAAAUGGGAAUUCAGAGUUAGAGCCAUCUGUUCACGACACUAGGGAUGAAGGAACCGCUGAUAAUUGGGUUGAACGGAACGCUUCCUUGAUUCGUCUCACUGGAAAGCAUCCAUUUAACUUCGAACCACCCUUGAACCGGCUCAUGCACCACGGUUUUAUCACUCCGGUCCCACUUCAUUAUGUUCGUAACCACGGACCAGUUCCCAAGGGCAGGUGGGAUAACUGGGCCGUGGAAGUCACGGGUCUAGUGAAGCGCCCUAUGAAAUUCACAAUGGACCAGUUGGUUAACGAGUUCCCUUCUAGAGCAUUGCUCGUUACGCUUGUGUGUGCUGGCAACCGAAGGAAAGAACAGAACAUGGUUAAACAAACUAUUGGUUUCAACUGGGGUGCCGCUGCCGUUUCAACAACUGUAUGGCGCGGGUUACCCCUCCGCGCUUUGUUGAAACGGUGCGGUAUUUAUAGCAGGAGAAAAGGGGCGCUUAAUGUUUGUUUCGAAGGUGCGGAUAUAUUGGCCGGAGGUGGCGGUUCCAAGUAUGGAACCAGCAUUAAGAAGGAAUUCGCUAUGGAUCCGUCGAGAGAUAUCAUCGUAGCUUACAGGCAGAAUGGAGAAAAGUUGACGCCAGACCACGGAUUUCCAGUUCGGAUGAUUAUUCCAGGAUUCAUUGGUGGAAGAAUGGUGAAAUGGUUGAAAAGAAUUGUAGUCACUACCCAAGAGUCAGAGAGCUAUUAUCAUUACAAGGAUAAUAGGGUUCUUCCUUCUCAUGUUAAUGCUGAUGGUACGUAA